AUGCAAUUAAAGGUAACUGUGCAUUUCAUUUUGUUCACAUGCCUGGUGUCGUCUCUGAGGGGCAAGGCAUUACAUCCUAAAGGAUGUUAUGAGUGCGAAGAAGAAGUAUGGGAAGAAGUUCCUUGUGAUGAAAUACCAUCGAAUAGUACAACCGUAUCAACCCCAUAUUACUCUUCUACGCCAACUUACAAACCAACCACACCCAGUCCAAAACCCACAACGUCCAAACCAACUAUAGCACCAACCACCCCAAAGAAGUACUCAACUACCACUCGCUACCCGCCAACCAAAGCGCCGUAUUCAACUACAAUUAAUCCUGAAUACACAACACCAAAAGAUCCCUACAAAAAAUGUUACUGUGAAUGUAAACUUGGUUGCAAGGAAUUCUGCCGAAAAGUCGUCAUCAAUUCCCCAGACAAACAAAUCGUUCAAGUAUCGAAAAUAUCAGAGCCUGUGGCAAAGGGUCGCAUUGAAUCUACUCACUUUCUUCAACGAGAACUUAUACCUAAAAGCGAUGAUUAUGCACCAUCUUAUGAUAAUAAUGAUGAUGAACCAGAUAACGACAAAUACUCCAAUUACGAAGGAUCAACUCCACCAUCUAUACCUUUGCCAACAUUGCCCAGUUAUGAAGAGGAACUUGAUCCUGCUGUCUAUGCAGCUUAUCAUGGCAAGCCGAAUGUUCCUUCUAUAGCUUACUAUUCCAGACCGAUUGCUCAUCCAAUUGAACCUAUAUAUCAUGGUCCAUACGCGACAGCUGAAGCGGGUGUUAACAACUUUCGUUCCUAUGCAUCAUAUCCACCAAAUCCGUCACAUACUCCCUACUAUAGUCCUCCAAGUUCUGGUACUUACAACUUCCCCAUUCCCUUCGAAAACAUGUUUUCAAGGGUCUCAAAAACUCUGCUUGAUCCUGUGGAAAGCGUACAAAUAUCAUUAGAUGCCUCUAGUAGAAAAAUUGGGAGUUCUGCGUACACCAAGUGUCCUAGCUAUUCCACACCCUCAUAUUCAUCACCAACACCAGUGAAAGACUCCCAAUUGGAAACUCGUGGCUCUUUGGGCAACGCCCUAAACUUUGAUGAUUCGUUCGAUUCACUUAUUAAGGAAUUCUUGAGUAAUAAUCCUUCGAAUGAAGCCUCUUAUCAAGCGUAUGACAAACCAUUCUAUUCAGUGUCGUAUAGUAGAUAA